AUGGCGCCGGCGCGUGACGAUGAAUUCCUGCCGGAAGUGUGGACGCUGUACUCCAUCGGCGUCCUGUGGAUUGUCCUCAGAUUCGCGGUGCGGCUCCGCACAGACGGCAUUCGAGGUCUACGACUCGACGACGGCUUGGCCAUUGUUGCUCUGUUCGCCUGGACGUACUCGUGUGGCGUCAUCCAAAUUACGUACUACACGGGGACGAACACCGACUUCACAGCUGCAGAGACUGCGUUGUUCGAUCGGGCGAAACUCAACGAGGUCGCGUAUGGCAGUAAACUGUUCCUGGGGACUUGGUAUGCCUACCUUGUCCUCAUUUUCUGUCUCAAGGGCAUUGUUGUCAUGCUAUACCAGCGUAUAUUCUUCCAGGAAUGGCAGAUAUGGGUGUUGAGAGUGACAAUCGUCCUCUGUGUAUCCGGCUUCUGUGGCCUGACGUUGGCUUUGAGCCUCGUGUGCCUGCCAUAUCGUCAAAGAUGGCAGAUCGUCCCCCCACCAUCGGUUCGGUGCACGGCAUCACCAAACAUCCUCAUCGCCAGCAGUUGCGUCAAUGCAGUCACAGACGUGUUUCUUCUCAGCGUCCCAACCUCGCUACUCUGGAACCUGAACAAACCUCUACGCACUCGUCUCGCCGUCUUCAUCCUCCUAGCCUCGGGCCUCUUCGUCCUCGCAGCAUGUAUAACCCGCGUCUCUCUAACCAUAGUCCAGGACAUCAUCAGCCUCAACAUCGCACGCUGGGGCGUCCGAGAAUUCUGCAUCGCCAUCGUGGCAGUCAACACCGCGAGUCUCCGACCCCUGUUUCGUAGAUCCUUCUGGACCCGCUCCCGAGCCCCCGCGCCCGUCCAGCAGGAGCACGCGAGGUACAAUUUCGCAUCCGUACGCCGCGCGCGCCAGCGCCUCGGGCGGUCGCAGAACCGCAAUCAGGUUCUCAAUUCUAAGUCGCCGGGCGUGUCGACGGUGGAUGGGUACAUCGAGCGGGAACUUGGUGGUGAGGAGUUUGUGUUUGCGGAUCCGGAUCAUCAGGUGCAUGCUACUGCUGGGCCGCCAUGCAGCGCUGCGGGUGGUGCUGCGGGAAGGUUGGAUCUGGAGAAGGGAGGGGCGUUUAGUAGGAAGAUUGAUAGGACGGAUGGUGGGUUUCCGAGAGUGGAGGGUGGGUGUGAUGGAGGGGAGAGUGCGGGGUGUAGUGAAAGUCGGUCUGCACGCAGCAGUUGA